CUUCUGACUCGAAUCACUGAGUGGCAUAUAGGUGGCUUGCUCGUGUCACCACCUAACACAAUGAGCUUAGAUAUCGCCUAUGCGGGCGAUCAACACAUGCUUGCAUAAGUACCCACUCCGGGAUAGCUUUUCGAAGCCCUUGAACGCCUCUUUCGCUUCUAACCUCGCUAUUGACAGGCUAGUAAAGCUGCAAUAUCCUCUUGCAACACCGAACCCCCAUCAUGGUUUGAUUGCUCGUGCCGCCUGAAAAUGGUCAACACGCAAUCAAUCAAUGAAGACCUGGCCCUCUCAGUGCGAAUCGCGCGCUUCCAAUCUCCGUCUGUGCUUCUACGUUUCUGGCAGCAUCUGGCGCUCCCCGCAUCCACCAUAUCAGCCCCAGCACUCUUCGUGAGACCGUCUGCAAGGCUCGGCGUUGUAUUCGCGGUCUCGGGAGCUUUCGUGAACUACAACUACAAUUACUCCUUCGUCUGGCCGAUCAUGAUGAACUCGAAGUGGAAACUGGAGAAAGUUACCAUUGAUGACGCAUGUCUCGCUGGCACUAGUCUGGGUCUUGUCUCUGGAAUCUUGUCAGGUCGCACGAACAGCUCCUUCCUGGCACGGUGCGCUGGUAUGACAAACAUUGCUGCGUUUUCUGGAAUAACGGCUUUCAUGGCAUACUUUCAGUACACUGGCGAAUACCAGAAAGCACUCGAAGUACUCCGAAAACAGCGCCCACGAAAUUGGGAAUACCAUGCUAUGUAUUUUAAUCGGUUGCUCUGGUCUUCUCUGCAUCCUAUUGCGCAGGCGUAUGCGCUAGGAAUGUGUGUCUUCCACGCGAAAGAUCUUCCGCUGGAUGUCAACGAAACCGUAAACAAAUCGAAAGCGUCUACCGAAGCUCGUUCCCGGACGUUAGGGUAUCCACUCCACCCCGUUCCUGCUCCAGAAGAAAACAACGGUCAAGCAAAAACCGAAAUCGCGAAAUCACCGAAGAUGCAUGACGAUGUCGCAAAAGUAGCGAACUAUCUUUUAUACCAGAUCACCCAGAAAGAAAAUGAGUACUAUCGACUCCAUAAUACCUUCGAUGAUGCCACCAAAGCCCUCUGUGCUAUGAUGCCGCUUCGUGUCCAGAAAGAGGCGCUCGAGAAGGAUGAGAUCUGGGUACCGAAGCUUAAAGAUUUCAAUGCCGAGAUGCAUAGUCCGAAGCUGUCGAUUGACAGGCUGGAGAAACGGAGGAAGGUACCCGAAGGCGAGAUCGCGAAGAUGGAAAGGGUCGUUGCGCAGAAGAACCUCCCGGCCAUGUUGAAGGAACGCAGCAGACGAGAUAUAGAGGAUGCCAGGGGGUUUUUACAGGCAUCAGGCCAGCUUCUUCUCGAGUUUGGAAAUAAGGGUGAAGAGGUGGAGAAGAAGGCAGAUAUCGUAGCCGACAAGGAGCCACCGCCAGACGACUUGGAACCAGAGAGCUCGUAGGUCGAUGCGUUUUAGGAUAAAUUUGCAAUGGCGGUGAUCUCUUCAUCGAUUUCCCGCAAGAAAAAAUGGAUAUUCAGGCCUGUUCCAAUGAAUGGCCAUGAGGGUGUUAGAGUAGGGUUGAGCCAUUGGCUCUCCAGGAUUGUU